CGAACGAUAGCGACAUUAGUAAUCUGCUGAGAAGAAAUGGGUCAAAAUCACUCUCAAGGCGGGAGUGGCAGCGGAGGCACCGGCGGCGACAAAAAGGACGACAAGGACAAGAAGAGGAAGUAUGAGCCACCGAUUCCUACACGUGUUGGAAAGAGGAAGAGAAGGACAAAGGGACCAGAAGCAGCAAGCAAGCUACCUUUAGUGACUCCUCAUACCCGAUGCCGCCUCAAGCUUCUGAAACAAGAGCGUAUAAAAGAUUACCUGUUGAUGGAGGAGGAGUUUUUACGGAACCAAGAGAGGCUCAAGCCCCAGGAAGAGAAACACGAAGAAGAACGCUCAAAGGUUGAUGACCUGCGGGGCACACCAAUGUCCGUGGGCAAUCUGGAGGAGAUCAUUGACGACAACCAUGCCAUCGUGUCCACGUCGGUAGGAAGCGAGCACUACGUCAGCAUGCUGUCCUUCGUGGACAAGGACCAGCUGGAGCCUGGCUGCUCGGUGCUCCUAAACCACAAAGUCCAUGCCGUGGUCGGGGUGCUCUCGGACGAUACUGAUCCAAUGGUCACCGUCAUGAAACUAGAGAAGGCACCGCAGGAAACCUACGCUGACAUUGGUGGCCUCGACCAGCAGAUUCAAGAAAUCAAGGAGUCAGUCGAGCUCCCUUUGACCCAUCCAGAAUACUACGAGGAGAUGGGAAUCCGCCCUCCCAAGGGUGUGAUUCUGUACGGGCCACCGGGCACAGGAAAGACUCUCCUGGCCAAAGCCGUCGCCAACCAGACGUCCGCCACAUUUCUCAGGGUGGUGGGAUCGGAACUCAUACAGAAGUACUUGGGCGACGGACCCAAGCUCGUACGGGAGCUGUUCCGCGUAGCCGAGGAACAUGCACCUUCCAUUGUGUUCAUCGAUGAAAUCGAUGCUGUUGGAACAAAGAGGUACGACUCAAACUCUGGCGGCGAGCGUGAAAUCCAAAGGACCAUGUUGGAGCUCCUCAACCAACUUGACGGAUUUGACUCUCGGGGCGAUGUGAAGGUCGUCAUGGCAACGAACCGGAUAGAAACACUGGAUCCGGCGCUGAUCCGACCCGGGCGCAUCGACCGCAAGAUCGAGUUCCCCCUCCCAGAUGAGCGCACCAAGAGGCGCAUCUUUCAGAUCCACACUGCUCGUAUGACCCUCGCUCUAGACGUCUGUUGUGACGAUCUUGUCAUGGCUAAGGAUGACCUCUCGGGUGCAGACAUCAAGGCAAUCUGCACAGAAGCAGGGCUCAUGGCUUUACGUGAGCGUCGCAUGAAAGUCACAAACGACGACUUCAAGAAAUCGAAAGAGAAUGUGCUUUACCGUAAGAAGGAGGGUAUGCCGGAAGGUCUUUAUCUGUAGUGCUUGUUUCUGAAGUCUUGGUAUAACAUUAAAUUUUGUCCAAAAACA